GUGUAGCAAGCAUCAGGAUGUCGUGUCAAGAGCCGUAGCUCUAAGCUUGGAAACUUACGCAAAUCCCGUCAUACAUGCGUAAAAUCUUUGUAGGGAGGCGAUUGUGCCACAGUUUGGAGUCUACAUUAGUUGCGCAGACGGUAUUUGCCAAAUAAGCCGUUUCGAGGUGAUAUCGACAAUGCGGCACGGUUGCGUGAAUUAACGCAAUUGAAAGCACUCAAGGGGAGGUGAUGAGCUGGAGCCUCCUCGGCGUCUCUGACGCGCACAAACAAGCACAGAAACUCUGCCGAGACGGGGCAUGUCCAAUUGAAGCACAUCGCGGAGUGGGUCGUUCCAAGCGCACUUGGCAAUCGUCGGGGGGUGACGUCUGCCUUGGCUUCGCGUGUUCUGGAUGUGCUUUGAUCGCCAGGCACUUUUGCUCGGCUCAAGGACUCAGAUGUUUGGACUGUGACAGGGGAAACAACCGCCAGCGGCAACUAGAAGUUUUGUUGGUGGGAUCGAGCAUCGCUCGAGGCAGUGCUGGCGGCAAACAACGGGCGCAUUGUUGUUGUCGCGUUGUCGAUGAGAAAGGCAAAGCGAGGAACAAGCUUCCAGGAGACUGGCGAGCAUUGCUUGGCCUCAUCAAAGUUGCCAGCGCGAUGUCUCCGUUAGGUACGUGCCUUGCCUCCCUGUGUGCGACUGCAGUUGCCAUAGUAGAUGCAUGGUAUGUAGUUGCUUCCCUAUCGCACGCACGGAGCAACAUGAUGAAGAAGUUGAGGAAGCAACAGAAGCUCGACUUGAAACAAAACCAUGGUUAGCUGGGGCCUAUUCGGCAGCCAGCCAGAGUGGGACUAGUCCCUUGGCAAGAGGGCAGUGCAAGAGUGCUGGGCACCUUUAGACAAACACUUGAUUGCGAUGGGGUUUGUGUUGGUGCGUCUCCAUCCAAGGGAUUCUCGAUUCACCUGUGCAGGCCUGCUGUCAAAGUUUCCUCAGCUUCUUGAUACCAUACUUCACGAGGUCGCCAGUCCAUUUACCUUUCACCCUAUGGCAGCAGCCUCAUAGUCACGGUUCGCAGGCGCAGCAUUGCACUGCCUCACUCGAACGCGACCUUUGC